AUAAUUCACAAAAAAAUUUAAAUAUAUACCAAAAAAAAAAAUGCAAGCAUACCGUCAAGACUAUUGUGAUGAUGGAUCACAAAAACAAAUGUAUCAAUCAUCAUCCCAAUCAUACCAUUCAUCUGGAGGUAUGCACCAUUCCGGCUCGGCCAUGCUGCAUUCUGGCCCGGCCGUGCAGCAUUCCAGCUCCGCCAUGCAGCAUGGCAGUGGAAUGAUGCAUAAAAAUUCAUCGAUGAAUUCUUAUUCAUCGUCAAUGACUGUGUUUGGGCAGGAUGUAUUUUGUGACAUCAUGCCCUCGGCGUUUCCGCCGGGCACUGAUGUAAAGAUGGUUCAGUGCUACAACCAGAUUGAUAAGGAUGGAAAUGGAAUCAUAGAUGAUAGGGAGUUACAGGCUGUGUUAUCCAACUGCAAUCAUAGCUUCGGGAUGAGGACUGUUCACCUUCUUAUGUAUGAGUUCACCCACUCUAACAAAAGGAUGAUUGGUCCUAAAGAAUUUGUCCCACUGAUGAAGUGUCUUCAGACCUGGAGGGCAAUGUUCCAAAGGUUUGAUAGGAACAGGAAUGGAAGUAUUGAUUCAUCAGAGCUGGGGCAAGCACUGAGCUGCUUGGGCUAUCAGGUUUCUCCUGUUAUUAUCAAUCUGCUUGCUGCUAAGUUCAGCAAAUCUGGUCGUAGCCAUACUUAUAGAUGCUCUCUCCAAUAUGAUAGCUUUAUUGAGUGCUGCCUCACUGUUAAGGGUUUGAGUGAGACCUUCUAUGCAAAAGCAGAAUGUGGAAAAGCAAGUUUCUGCUAUGAGGAGUUCCUGCUGAAUGUUCUUCCCUUCAUCAUUGCUUAAUUAAUAAUAAUUAAGCAUCUACUAAUUAAUAUCAUUUCCCUAAAAAUUGGCUACUUAAAUAAUUGGUAUUAUUUGCCACUAUUAUGUAAUAAAUAACACAAUUAAUAACUCUUGCUAUCAUCAUUUAUGUUAUGUUUUUGAAGUUAUUGAAUUAUGCAUUUAUAUGUGUGA